AUGAUGGAUAAUGUUUCUGUUGUGAAAAUGUUCAUUCUAUCAGGGUUAAACGAGACAAAUAAUUACAGACUAACUCUUUUCACAUUUACUUUACUGUAUUACUGUGUGAUUUUGUUUCUCAAUAUCUCUCUCAUCAUGAUCAUCAUCUUGGAUGAAAACAUGCAUGAACCCAUGUACAUCUUAUUGUGCAGUUUUUGCAUUAAUGGACUUUAUGGGACCACAGGUUUCUUCCCUAAAUUCCUCUUAGAUCUGCUGACUUCUUCUCAACAAAUCUCAUAUGAAGGAUGCCUUUUGCAGGCUUUUGUCAUGUACUCGUUUGCUUGCUGUGAUUUAUCCAUUUUAGCAGUCAUGGCUUACGACAGAUAUCUGGCUAUAUGUCGACCACUACACUACCACUCUGUCAUGUCAAAGAGGAGGCUCUCUCAGCUCAUAUGUUUCUCCUGGCUAACACCUUUCUGCAUUUUCUCUGUUAAUGUUCUGCUAACCUCCAGACUAAAGCUGUGUCAUUUCAAAAUACAGAGAAUAUUUUGUGUCAAUUGGAUGAUUGUCAAACUUGCUUGUUUUGAUGCUGAUACCCUUUCAAACAACAUCGCUGCAUAUAUUACAAUAGUCAUUUAUGUGUUUCAUGGGAUUUUCACAAUUUGGACUUAUAUGCAUCUUGUUAAAACUUGUGUUAGGUCCAAAGAAGACAGGGUAAAAUUUAUGCAGACAUGUGUUCCUCACUUGACCUCUUUAGUCAUUUUCAUUCUUGCAAUGUUUUUUGAUUUGAUGUAUAUGCGAUUUGGCUCCAGAGAUAUACCUCAGAGUCUUCAAAACUUCAUUGCUAUUGAAUUUCUGCUGAUUUCUCCUGUGAUUAAUCCUCUAAUAUAUGGAUUUAAACUGACCAAGAUACGAAACAGAAUUUUAGGUUUAGUGUAUAUUAAAAGAAAAUAA